AUGGCUGAAGAAACACCUAUACCUGAGCCCCAGGGCCUGCCGCUCAUUGGCAACGUUAAGGAGAUGGACCCCGAUUUCCCAUUGGGAUCGAUGACAUCAAUGGCCGACCAAUUUGGAGAAAUCUACCGACUGAGGUUCCCUGGCAGGACAGUCGUCCUGGUGUCUACCCAGAAGCUCGUCAACGAGACGUGCGACGAGAAGCGAUUUAAGAAGUCGGUCAACUCAUCAUUAAAUCAAGUAAGAAACGGUGUUCACGAUGGUUUAUUCACAGCGAAAAUGGGAGAGGAGAACUGGGGGAUCGCCCACAGGAUUUUGAUGCCCGCAUUUGGGCCCCUUUCUAUUCGCAACAUGUUCGACGAGAUGCACGACAUUGCCUCUCAGCUCACCCUCAAAUGGGCCCGUUAUGGUCCCGACACGCCCAUCAUGGUCACUGACGAUUUCACGCGACUGACGCUCGAUACCCUGGCACUGUGUUCCAUGGGCUUCCGUUUUAAUAGUUUCUAUUCUCCGGUCUUGCACCCUUUCAUCGAGUCCAUGGGUGAUUUUCUGGUCGAGUGCGGCCACCGCGCGAACAGGCUACCGCUGCCGUCGCUCUUCUACCGCGCCAGGGAUCAAAAGUUUGAUGCUGACAUUAGUGUCCUGCGGACGACCGCCAAGGAGGUCCUUGAGUCGCGUAAAGCCGGCAAGAGUGAUCGUCGUGAUCUACUGACGGCCAUGCUGGAAGGCGUUGACCCCAAAACUGGCAAGAAAAUGUCAGACGAGAGUAUCAUGGAUAACCUCAUCACGUUCCUGAUCGCCGGCCACGAAACCACGUCUGGUCUCCUGUCAUUUGCCUUCCUCGAACUGCUAAAGCACCCAGAGUCCUAUCAGAGGGCUCAGAAGGAAGUCGACGACGUUUGUGGAAAGGGCACGAUCAAGGUCGAGCACAUGGCAAAACUACCUUAUAUUUCGGCCGUUCUCCGCGAGACACUUCGUCUCAACGCCACCAUUCCCCUCUUCACGGUUGAGGCCUUCGAAGAUACCCUGCUCGGCGGGAAAUAUCCCGUGAAGCAGGGCGAGACCAUCGUCAACCUGCUCGCCAAGUCCCAGCUCGACCCGCUUGUCUUCGGCGAGACGGCCAACGAUUUUGUCCCUGAGCGCAUGCUUGACGCCGAGUUCGACCGCCUCAACAAGGAGUUCCCCAACUGCUGGAAACCGUUCGGAAACGGCAUGAGGGCCUGCAUCGGCCGUCCGUUUGCCUGGCAGGAGGCCCUUCUGGUCAUGGCCAUGCUCCUGCAAAACUUCAACUUCAUCCUCGACCCAACCUAUCACAAGCACCUCAAACAGACGCUCACCAUCAAGCCCAAGGAUAUGCACAUGCGCGCCGUCCUCCGCGACGGUCUGACUCCCACGACACUCGAGCGCCGUCUUGCCGGGCUCACCGUACAGCCUGAAGCUACGAAGGCGACAGAGGAAAUGACAAGCUCCAGCGCCACGGCCGAGGGUAUCCCCCUGACCGUCCUCUACGGCUCCAACAGCGGCACAUGCGAGGCCCUCGCUCAACGAGUUGCUUCCGACGCGGCAUCACACGGUUUCCGCGCCACAAAGGUGGACUGUCUCGACAGUGCCAACCAGACGCUGCCGACUGAUCAGCCCGUGGUCAUUGUCACGGCUUCAUACGAGGGCAACCCUCCAGACAACGCCGGCCACUUUGUCGCCUGGGUUGAGGGUAUGAAAAAAGAGGACGCACCUCUGAAGGACGUCAACUACGUCGUCUUUGGCUGCGGCAACCGUGACUGGGUGCAGACAUUCCAUCGUAUUCCGAAACUGGUCGACACCCAGAUGGAAGCGAUGGGCGGAACCCGCCUUGCGGAAAUAGGUCUCACGGACGUUUCCACGGGCGAGGUUUUUACCGAAUUCGAGACGUGGGAAGACGAUAUCCUCUGGCCCGCUCUGGAACGCAAGUACAGGACCGAAACCAAGGGCGAUGCGGCGCCAACUCACAAGAUCAAGGGCAUGAACGUUGAGAUCACGAACCCCCGAACCUCGACCCUCCGCCAGGACGUAAAGGAGGCCACUGUUGUCGAUGCGCGAGUCCUCACCCAGCCAGACGGCGAGCAGCAGGAGGUCAAGAAACACAUGGAAAUCAAGUUGCCAGAGGGUCUGAGCUACAAGUCUGGCGAUUACCUCGCGGUGCUGCCCAUCAAUCCCAAGGAAAACGUGCACAGGGCGAUGCGAUGCCUUCAACUGCCCCGUGAUGCUCAUUUGAGCAUCACAACGGAUGGGCCGACGUCACUUCCCGUCAACGAGAGCGUGCAGGCCUAUGACCUGCUGAGUUCCUACGUCGAGCUGGGCCAACCUGCUACCAAGAGGAACCUUCUUGCGCUUGCCGAGGCUGACAGUGACGACAAGACCAAGGCGGAGAUCACUCGCCUGUCCGGUGACGCCUACGCCGAAGAGAUCAGCAGCAAGCGAGUGUCCGUCCUUGACGUUCUCGAGCGUUUCCCCAGCGUGCAGCUGCCCAUCGGUCUGUUCCUCUCCAUGCUGCCUCCCAUGCGUGUGCGACAGUACUCCAUUUCGUCCUCCCCAAUGUGGAACCCCGAGCACGCAACCAUCACCUUCUCCGUGCUCAACGCGCCUUCCCUCUCCGGCUCGGGCCAGCAGUACAUGGGCGUGGCGUCGACGUACCUCGACUCGCUGGCGCCGGGCGACGUGCUCCACGUCGGCGUCCGCACGCCGAGCACGGCCUUCCGCCUGCCCUCGGACGGCGAGAACACGCCCGUCGUCUGCGUCGCCGCGGGCACGGGGCUCGCGCCCUUCCGCGCCUUCGCCCAGGAGCGCGCCAGCAUGAUCGCCGCCGGCCGCAGGCUGGCGCCGGCGCUGCUGUUCUUCGGGUGCCGCUCGCGGGCGCACGACGACCUGUACCGCGACGAGCUGGAGCAGUGGGAGAGGCUCGGCGCCGUGAGCGUCCGGCGGGCGUACAGCCGCGAGGCCGAGGCCAGCGAGGGGUGCAGGCACGUGCAGGAUCGCAUGUGGCAUGACCGUGACGAGAUUGUGGCGCUGUGGAGGAGGCAGGCCAAGGUGUUUGUCUGUGGCUCCAGGGGGGUGGCCAACUCGGCGAGGGACAUGGCGAUCAAGCUGAGGAUGGAAAUGGACAAGCAAAAGGGUGCCGCGGCGGAUGAAAAGAGCGCUGCAGAGUGGAUUGAGUCGUUGAGGAAUGUCCGCUAUGUCAUGGACGUCUUUGAUUGA